AAAAUUUCGACUGUUGUAAUCACGGUCUCAACUAUUUAACAGCCGGGUUUUAUAAUAAUAAGUCAGUCUGAAUUUUUUCUUGAGUAAAGUCUCCAAGUCAACUCAGUAAAACAGUAAUAAAAUAAAAAUUAUGGAGUACCAAAAGUUAACAUUAGCUUUUAUAUUUUGUGUCAUUUCUUUUACGAGUGUAUUCGCGUGUGACAGCGACAAUGACGAAAAUAAAUUUAGCGUCACUUGCUAUGACAAUUCAGUAGUAGUGAAGUACAAACAACAACCGGAACAUCAGGUCACUAUGUACGCCCUAGUUACUUCCGCAGAAAGUGAAGAUAUCGAGAAGAAAUGUACAAGAACUUUCACUGAAAAUGAGCCAGCAGUAAGAGAAUUCAAAUUUUCAACCUGUGGAAAUGGUCACACGAAAUUCCGGGUGUAUGCAAGUGACGAAUGUCCAAAUACUGUUACCGAACGUUAUGUUCAAGUUGACUGCGAUCGCACUGAAGCGGAUUUGGGACUUCUUUUGAGUACUUUGUUGGUUAAAUCAUUCAAUAAGAAAUCAAAUUAUUAAAUAUUCACUAUUUGAUUUUCAAAAUUUUAAUUCUCAACGGACAAUUACAUUUAUUACUAAAUAUUAACUAUUAUAAUAUUAAUUAUUUAAAAUUUUAACAAUCAUUUUGCGCUUAAUAAGAAUUCUGUUUAUUUUUUAUGACAUUUAUAUAUUUUUUUUUGCAUACGGGAUUAAAUAAUAAUUGUUUGUAAUUAAGAAAAUUAAAGAUUGAUAAUAUGUUCAAAAUUAAUCAAAUUU